AUGGCCCGUUUCAGCCUUUCAUUCAUCUCCAUUUUCCUUGUGCUCGCAGUUUUUGCUCUCUCCAUGCCCACCAAGCGUGACGGGCAAGCUCCCAGUCAAGGACUUGGCCUCGAUGGUACCAUUAAAGACUUGAUGCAUGCUACAAAGUUGAUGGAUGGUCUCGACAACAAGGAUAGCAAUGAAAAGGAGAACCAUGAGGAGGAGCAGAAGGCCAACAAGCAGGAGGCCCAAAAACAGGAGGCCAAUGUUUCUGCGAAGGUGGCUGACAAGACCGGGGCUGAUAGCAAGCCUACUGCUUCUGCCACCCCCACCAAGAAGCUUUCCUCUGGCAAUUUCGUGACCCCCACUGCUACCCCUACCAACAAGCCCACGUCUCAGCCUAAUGCCUUGGGCAGCCUUCCCAUUGUCGGUGGUCUUCUUGGUGGCGCAGGAGGCGGACUAGGCGGACUCUGA